AUGGCCAUGGACAUGAUGAAGAAGAAUCUAUCCAUGAUAGUUCCUCAGACACUUACAUUUGCAUGGGUGAACUUUUUCUUUUCAGGUUUUGUUGCAGCGAAAAUCCCCUUUCCGUUGACUCAGAGAUUCAGGGGAAUGCUGCAAAAUGGGAUUGAUCUGAGCACUGUUGCUGUCAGCUAUGUCAGCAGCCGUUCAUGGUAUUUCCUCAAUUUAUUCGGCUUGAGGGGUCUUUUCAGUCUGAUCCUUGGUGAAGAAAACGGUAAUGAUACUCACCCUUAUCUCUGGAAAACUUGUUAG